AUGUCCGAAGACACCCCCACCAAACCCACUUCCAAGGCCAGUCUCCUCAAGCUCCUCCGCCUAUGCACUCGACCCGUCGUCAUGCUUCCGUUUCUGGGGACCAUCGGCCUCGUACUCAUGAUCACACUCACUGUGCUCCUACCGCAAAAUGUUCACUCCAUCGAGAUCCCCGGCGCGGAUAACAACCACAACUACCUCGUCGCCGUCUCCCACUUCCCCUUGACAGAUUCCACAACAAAGAAUCCUUACCACCCGGAUGAAGACCGACGAGUCAUGGUCAGCUUUUACAUGCCUGUGCCUAGGAAACAGUGCUCUGCAAUGGGCACGCAGGAAUAUAUGCCGCCGCAAACCGCGAAGAUAGCAAACGAGCAGUUCAUUGAAGGCAACGAGCGUGACGCAGGUGUCUUCGAAACAAUGAUAUAUUCGUCUUGCAUCAGCAGCAGCAGCGGCGGCGGAGGUGACGUCAGCAAAGUCCCCGUCGUAGUCCUAGAACCACACGUCGACACGAGCAGGUUGAUGUACUCAACAAUGGCGCGCUACAUCGCCGCCAACGGCGCUGCGGUCGUGGUCAUCGACCACCCCGGCGACGCGUCAAUCGUCCAGUUUACAUCCUCGCGUACCCGCGAUUUGGACAUAGUGUAUAACAGCGGGACGGUGCCUUUAUCCAACCUGUCCCCCCUCACGCAAUAUAACGCAACAGUCCGCACCGCAGUCGAAACACGCAUAUCCGAUAUCGCAUUCGCCCUCAGCCAAAUAAACAGCACAUCCUUGCUCACCCGGCAAUUCCCCUCCCUCCACUUCUCGGGUAGUCUAAACACAGAAACCUACGGUAUCAUAGGCCACGGUCUCGGCGGCACAGUCGCAACCUCCCUCAGCCUCUUCCCCACCCUCCUCUUCCCCACCCUGCUCAACGCCACAAACUCCCCCACCACUCGUUUCUCCAUCUCCCUCUCCGGUACACCGCCCCUCCUCGCCUCCUCCACAAACAACACCCCGCUCUUCUUCUUCGGCCGCGCAGACUUCCGCCGCGAACACGACAUCAACUGGCCGACCACCUGGUCGCAUCUCACGGGCCCAGCCACCGAGUUCGAUCUCGACGACUCUGCUAUUUUCGAUGCGAGCGAUCUACCGCUGAUCAUGGAGCUAGCGCGGGAAGAGGGUGGGAAAACGGGGGUGAAUAUUGUUAAGGAGAUGGUGGGGUAA